UAAUAAGCAAAGAUUAAAAUUUUAUUUUGAUGCAUUAUUUUGGUUACUUAAAAAAUGAAAUCAUUUCAAAAAUAUUUUAAAAACAGAAAAAAAAUAGGAAAAAAAAUGCGAGUUUAUUUUCGAAAUAUCUCAAAACAUUGGUCAAAAUAUGAUAGGAAUAUCUUGACACACCUUGAAAUAUUUUGAAACAUUAGUGAAAACAUGUUAAAAUCUACUGAAAAUACCUCAAAAUAUUCUAAAAAUCUCGGAACACAACCUAGGAACAUUAGAAUUUUAAUCAUUGAUUCACUUUAGUUUCCAUAGAAACAAAUGUAUUUCGGCCAUUCCAACCAUUUUAAAAGGAAUUUUUGAUCUUUGAUAAUAAGUUUUAGGCAAAUUCGUAAAUACAGGGUUAAUAAUGUAUCUACUUUUGCUCUUUUUCCGCAUUCUUUCCUAACAGCACAAAAAGAAUUAAAACACAGUCAUUGCUUGCUAAUGAUGCUUAAUUAUUCCAUACAUCACUCAAAUCCAUAAACUCUCUCUCUCUCUCUCUCUCUCUGUCUCAUAUUUCUUGCAAUCUAAGGCUUGGUUAGAUUUAUAACCGAAAACCCAAUACAUAAAAUCUGAAACCCAUCACCGGAAACCCCCAAAGAGAUGAGCUCAGUCUGUAUAUCAAACUGUGUAAAAGACACAAGGGUCCCAGUCAGAGCCACCUACGUCAACCUCUACAAGUGGCCGGAGUCCGACGCCGAGUUUGUGAAGACGGUGGGAGCCUCCGACGGCCACCCAAGGGUGGUAGACAGUAUCUCAUGCAGGCAGAUGUACCUUAGGAGCUACACGUUUUCGAGGAAAGAGACUGUGCCUGAGAAGACCAAGAAGUGUUUGGGUCGUGUCAGAGAGAGAGUGGUGGUGGUGGCUCAUGGGAGGAAGAGGGCGGUUACCGGCCGUAGGAGGCAGUGUGUGGUGGCGAGAAGGGUCAAGGAGGUAUCUUGGGCCGCCCUGUGUGCCAUGUUUCAGAGGCUGCUUUCUUGCUCUGCUAGUGUAGAUGUUGUGGAUCAUUAG